AUGAAGCUGAACAUCUUUUUCCCAGCCACCGGCUGCCAGAAACUCAUUGAAGUAGAUGAUGAACUCAAACUCUGUACCUUUUCGGAGAAGCGUGUGGCCACAGAAGUUGCUGCUGGCACUCUGGCUGAAGAAUGGAAGAGUUAUAUGGUUCGAAUCAGUGGUGGGAAUGACAAACAAGGUCUCCCCAUGAAACAGGGUGUUGUGACCCAUGGCCGUGUCCGCCUGCUCCUGAGUAAGGGGCAUUCCUAUGAUAGACCAAGGAAGACUGGAGAAAGAAAGCCCAGAUCUCUUCAGGGUUGCAUUGUGGAUGCCAAUCUGAGUGUUUACAACUUGGUCAUUGUAAAAAAAGAGGAGAAAGAUAUUCCUGGUCUCACUGAUACUACUGUGCCUUGUCACCUGGGGCCCAAGAGGAUGAAGAAGGCCAAAGAAAAACACCAAGAACAGAUUGCCAAGAGACAAGCAGGCUAUCCUCUCUAA